AUGGUACCCAUAGGGAAUGGCGUAUCCGCCACCAACGGCAACACUCUGACAGCAGGGCGCGUUACCAAUCAACCCUAUCCCCAAACGCCGCAGACCCCCGUAUCCUUCACUCCCGACCAAAUUAACGCAAUCAACGCACAAACUCACGCCUUCAUCUCACGCGGCAUGUCUGUACCGGAACCGAUCCAGCAAGCGAUCCGCGUGCCGAACCAGGCUACCCCGACCUGCAACCCCUCUUCCACGACGAUUAAGCGAGAGGAGAUCGAGGCGGUCGACCCCGAGAAGUUGCCGAAGGGGGCAUUACUCGAGGAGGACCGCGAUCCGGAGCUGAUCUCGGCGAUUUGGGCGAUGAAGAUGCGGCGACUACUUGUCCCGUCAUUUAUGCCCGACGGCGUAGACCCGCACCAGACUCCCGAGGAGCGCAACGCGUACAUCGACGCACGGAUCGAGCAGCGGAUGUGA